GAAAGCGAAAUUUUGUUUUGAGGUUAGAAAUUACACAUGCGCAAUCUGUCAGAAAUAUCUAACAAGCAAAUAGAAUCGAUGCCCUAAUGGCGGUUUCUAUAUCUUGGAACUAUUAAAAUGUGAUAAGUUGUAAAUAUUCUAAUUAAUAAGGUGUUACAAAUCGUGAAUAUAUGUGUAUCCAAAUUGGAAGUUAACUUAAAAUAAAUUUUCAAUGUGGAAACAGUUACAGAUGGGAAUAAGGGCUUUCAUGCUGAUUGCCUCUCGAGUAUGGACAUGUCUCUGUUUCAUGCUUAAAAAGCAAGCUAGAGCAGUCAUUCAGCAUCAAUCAGUGAAAUAUGAACUGUAUCCCCUGUCCCCUCUAUCGAGGCAUAGACUUAGUAUAGUAAAAAGAAAGACCCUAGUGCUAGAUUUAGAUGAAACCCUUAUUCACUCCCAUCAUGAUGGAGUAAUAAGACAGACAGUGAGGCCUGGGACCCCUCCAGACUUUGUACUAAAGGUUGUUAUUGAUAGGCACCCAGUGAGAUUCUUCGUUCACAAAAGACCACAUGUAGAUUUUUUCCUAGAUAUAGUUUCACAAUGGUAUGAAUUGGUAGUAUUCACUGCUAGUAUGGAAAUUUAUGGUGCUGCAGUAGCGGACAAAUUAGACAAUGGGCGAGGAAUACUUCGACGAAGAUUCUACAGGCAGCAUUGCACACCUGAUCUGGGAUCAUAUACAAAAGAUCUGAGCGCCAUCUGCAAUGAUCUCUCUAGUGUUUUCAUUCUGGAUAAUAGUCCAGGUGCCUAUAGAGCAUAUCCUGAUAAUGCAAUUCCAAUAAAAUCAUGGUUUUCUGAUCCGUAUGAUGUGGCUUUGCUGAAUCUUCUACCUGUUUUAGAUGCCUUGAGAUUUACAGCAGAUGUUAGAUCUGUUCUUUCAAGGAAUCUACAUCUGCAUCGACUGUGCAGGAUUAAAAACGAUACCCCAUAUGUUCAUCCUUUGUGCAAAAUUCAGAGAAAUGAUUCUUCAGCAACAGACCUCACAGCACAGUUUAACGAUAAACAACAGAUAGCUCAACAAAAUGAAAUAACAUUUGAAAAUAUAGUGACACAAGUGCAGGAGUAUGAAACUGAUAACAGUAACGGUACCAAAGUAAAUAGUAGAGUGUCCCAGCGAUCAUGCAAUUGAAAUAAGCAGUGCAUGCGUUAGAAAAAUUAAUUUCUCAGUCUGAUUUGCUACCAUGCUCCAAGAGGUUAAAUUUCUUGUGUCUCAAAAAAUUGUUUCUUGGUUUUUAGGGAUGCAAAAUUCUUAUUUCGAAAUAUUGCAGCUGACCUUUAUUUCUGAACAAUCGAACUGGUAGGGAGAGAAAGGCACUGGAAGCUUCAGAUUAUUUUUCUGAUUAGUCAGAAUAUGUAGAAUUAUAUGAUAUGUCUCAUCUUGGCUAUAGUUGCACUUUUUACGAGUCAGCAGAAACAAUUUUUUGAAUGGGUCGCUUAAUCAAGGCUUGAAUGUAAAAACUUUUUUCAUUCUGUCCUUUUAUUUUUUUUCAACAGUGUAAAUUUUGAAAUAUGUAUCUAAAUUAGUUUUUCUUACUGUACAUAUUUAGAUUAAUAAAUGUUUUUUUCCAUUUAUAUUUCACUUUCAAAAGAAACAUAACAUUAGUUGGAUUAUCAUUCAUGCAAAUUCCGCUAGCUGUCAGAGUUUGAGUACGAGGUUCCUGCAUUUUGAAGUACUUCUCAUGCGUGUGAAGUUGGCUCAAGAGCUUCCGAUUUUUCAAGAAAAUUUUUUGUGUACAAUUGUGCUAGGUUUGUGGUGUUUUGUGUCUUUGAACAUCUUUGUUUAGGCCAUAUGGUUCUCGAGGUAUUUCACAGAACUUUUAAAAUGGGGCCCCACCCAAUACUUCCCGUAAAUUUCGUUUUAGCGUCACAAAAUAGAUUGUGCUAUCCAUGCACUCACAUUUUCACGAAAGUCCCUCUAAUUACUCAGAAUAUCCAAAAUGAAGAAAAAAGUUAGCCCCACACAUUUGUUUUUUCUUCUGGAAAAUGGUUGGAAAAAUUUGUACUACAUUUGUGCUGAAUUAUGCUGUGAAUAUUUUAACAAACAUUCAUUCAUUGAUUUUGCGGAUAAUUCUGUUGAUCACUUGUGCCAUUCAGAUUUUCAGAAACAAAAUUUACAACUUUUCCUUCAAAAUUAGAAAUGACUUACACAAAGAAUUGCAUGCUCCAAUAACAGUGCUGCCUAAAUUCAACCUUAAGAACACUAUCAACAGUAAAAAUGCAAAACCGUUCAAGUCUAAAUCGCGAAAUUUAAAUGUGGAAAUUUCAUUCCUAUAAACGAAACAUCAUAAGCGACAGUAAAUCCAAAAACAGUCUCAGUUGAUUUUCCAAAUAUAAUAAUGACUCACCUUCUUGACAAAAAAAAUAUCGAGUCAGAAACAAAAAUCUCACUUAGUCAUCGGCUAUCCAUCCUGCAGUUCAUUAAGGUUAAUCAACUAGAUUUUCCAUUUUAUUUCUGCCUUCUUCAAAAUUUCCCGUUUUCGUCAUGAACAGUUUUGCACUCUUACUGUCUAUAGUCUCUUCUGAAAGUUGAAUUCUGGCAACACUGUUACGCAAACACACGUAUUAUAAUUUUCAAACAGUCUACUGAUUUUUCAAGUUCCACCAUUUGAAGAGAGUUGAAAAUUUUUUCUUAAAAUCGGAAAGGCACAAAUGUAAAACAGCUUUAUAAAACAAUUUUCUUUAAAGGAAAACAAAAGUGCCGGAAUCUUUAUUUUUCGGACAAUAGCAUAAUUUUGGUGAAAAUUUCAACAGCACAAGUUAGCAUACAUGUAGUACUAUUUUUUUUUGCAUAUUUUCUCAUUGAGGAAAAGCUAAUGUGCAGAGCUGACUUUGUCUCGCAAUUUUCUAGAAAAUCCGACCAAUUUUUCUUCAAAAUAUUUCCGGCACAAGUAAGCCCAAAUUUUUCCACUCAUUUUCGAGAAGAAAGAGCGCAGGUUUACUUUAUUGUCAUAUUUGAUUUUCCGGGAGAUUAAGAGUGGCUUUUGCUAAAAUUCGAGCAGCACAAUUCAGUGCAUGUAGCACAAUCUAUAACAGCCGCAAAAAAAACAAAUUUUCGUAAAGUGUUGGAUUGACCCAUUUUAUAGAUUUUCUUAAUCUCUUGAGAACCGUAUGAAAUGACACAAACCUAGCAAAUUUUUUUUUUCAAGUGCUGGCCCAAGUUCACACAUAUGCACAAGUACUAUUAUUUUUCGCGUUCAGGAAGAUUUCUGAAGUGAAUCUAAAAAUAAUUUGGAUAUGUUCCUAAUAUCUGAGUGUAUUCAUUCUAAUAUUGUUGAAGCAGGUACCUGAGGUAUCUAUCACGUGUCAUCGCUUGCCAUCAUUGAAGACCACACUGAACUGAAUUAGUAACAAGUGUGUCAAGACACCUUGUUUCAAAAUUUUUACCGAGGCUAAAGAUUUCCAAAUGCCGGAUACACUUGCUUUUCAUUUCAGAACUUACAGCCCGAAAUUGUCUUCUUACUACCAAAUGAGUUUAUGUAUAAGUUUUAUAUUCUGUUUUUCUGUAUCAGAAAAUGCAGGAAUGUUCCUGGUUAUACUGAAUAUUUUUAUUGAGGAAAAUUGAUGUAAAUAUUGUAGGAUAUUUUAUUUGAAAAUCUAUUUUGAAUUUGUUGAAAUAUUUUAUGCUAUGUGAUGAUUGUACUUAAAACUUGUUGAAAUUGUUGUUGCUUUAUUAUUUAAUUUUGGAUUCAAUAUCUUUUAGCUUAAAUUUGUUUUUAAUGGGAUUUCACAAACUUAUAAUGAUAACAAUAUAAUCAUCCCUAAAUACAUUUGAGGAAUCAUAUUUGUUUAAUUGAGAAUUACCUUCUCAAUAGUAUCUGCGAAAACAAUACUUAUAUCUUAUGAAUUUGUUUGCUUCUCAUGAAAUUUUAAAUCCUACAUGCAACACCAAUUGUUUGAAAAAUGUUGUGAGCUGGUUUGUGCAUAGUUUUAUUUGGAAAAUGAUCAUCAAAAAAAUGUUAAUGUAAAUAAUCUUGUACAAAGGUUUGAUAUAGUUAUAGAUGAGUUUAUUGAGAGUUAGGUGCUUGCUCAUAUUUCAUUUUUGUUGACUUAAGUGUUUUAAUGUUAUGUAGUUUUGUGUACAUAAUACAGUUUAUAUUUUUCCUCAAUUAUUUGUGUUCAAUAUUAUUAUUAUCUUCUUCCUGUAUUGUUUCACAUCACUUUGUACAUAGGGUUUUUGUCUUAUUUAUCAGUAAAGUGAGGAAAUUGCGAGUAUAGUGAUGACAGAACAAAGUACCUAAAAUAAAUGACCUUUCAAUACUGUGAGCUAUGUAAAAUAGGAUUAAUAAAUUUUAUUGAAAAUAA